CUCCUAUACUUCCUAGGAUAAAGACAUGCAACUAUAGUCAGUUUCUCCUAGCUUUACAUUGGAGACACGGAGUUGGGAGCUUUGGAUAUGACGUCGACCUUUUGCGUCAACUUUAUCCAUACCAGCGCACUAGUGCAGCAGUCCGUCUUUCUGCGAUUCUAUAUCAGUAGUUAUUAAUGAUUGGCAAAGCCUAGCGGCAGCGGGUGUUGCUGUCGGCCUUCUUGCUGUGUAAACCCUAUCGGCAAUACGUCUCUUGAAAAGGGUUGGACUUAUAUCGGAGCGCCUGAAUGGCAUUUCUCCCGCGUUCUCCUGGGCUGAGCCAGGCCACUGUCGGCGACAUCGGGCGCUGUGGACAGCCAUACAACUACGUACCCAGCAUGCUUUCAGCAGAGGAGUCGGCAGCGCAGGCCGGAUCCCGCCUGCUGACCGCAGCUGCAUCUGGCGAUGUCGCGCAAGCAGCACGCUGCCUAGCGGACGGUGCAGAUCGCGACUACCAGGACCCCUCAAGUGGCGAAACGGCUUUACACCGAGCGGCACAGCAUGGCCACGUCCCGGUCAUGGAGCUCAUCCUAACUGCUGGUGCCGAUGCUAACCAUACCGACUAUGCGCAGCGAACUCCCCUUUACGUGGCAGCCAACGCGGGCUGCUUGCCGGCCGUGAGAACCCUUCUCGACCGCAGUGCCGAGCUCUUUCCCGACCGUCCUCUUGCGGAUGCUUGCGGCAGCUCAUCAUCUCAGCCAUUGCACCCGCAGUCGGGACAAAGCCGUGGACCCGCUAGCACUGACAACGACGACGCACUCUUCCUCUCCCUGCGCUCCACCUGCCCUCUCGCUGCAGCCUCAGCCGCCGCCCGCUGGCCCAUCGUCGCUGCCCUCCUCACUCGCCUGCCUCCCCACUACCAAUACCUCCCCUCCGCCCUCCGCUCCCUCCGCUUCCUAGUCUGGGCCCUCGCCUCCCACAAAGCCUUUCCUCGCGAGGUCAUCUCCCGCCUGCCACGCCGCCUGCCGCGCUGCGUGGUGGAUGCAGUACGCCCCGCCCACCUCGCCUCCACGCCCCUCGUCCUAGCUUCCGGCAACGACCAGCAACAGCUCAUGCAGUGGCUGCUCCAACAAGGCGCGGAUCCAGAACUAGGCGCACCGCUGCUGCUUUGCGCGGGGCGCUUCUGCCAUGGCUCUCGCACCUGCUGUGUAAACACGCUGCUGAGGCGCGGCGCGCGCCCGAAUGUUGCCUGGGCGGAUUCUCCCGGAGAUUCACCGCUUCAGCUGGCGGCUGCCGGGGAUUGCUUCACACACGUUCAUUGCCUGGUAGCGUACGGCGCUGACGUGGACGAGGAGGCGGCGCGUGUACGGCAGGUGCUGUACACGCCGCCUGAAUGGGAGGCGCAUUUGGACGAGCUAAAGGCAGCGUACGACAGGGACCGGGCGGCGGCAGCUGCGGCAGUGGGAGGGACUGGGGCUGGGAUUGGGGGUGUGGAAGAAGAGGCGGUUUGGUGUCCUUGCGGGCAGCAGCAUGCACGGUGGCCGGGGCUGUGGCCGCUAGAAGGGGAGGAGGGCGAGCAGCAGCAAGAGGGGGAGGUGGAAAAAGAAGAAGAAGGGGAGGGCGCAGCUGCAGCAGCGGUAGCGGCGGCGGAGGGCGCAGGAGGCAACAGCUGCUUCAACCAGGCUCCGGCGGAUGAUGCUUGGUACCGGCACCACCGGCAGCAGAUGGAGCAGCUGCAGGACGGAAAGGAGUUAGCGGAGUGCCGCAGGGCAGUUGACGAGCUCUGGCGAUACGGCUGCUCGGCAGUGGUCUCGGAGCUCGCCGCCGGCAGCGGCGGCAGCGCCGUACCGCCCUCAGUUCCGCCGUACGGCAGCCCCAUGCCGUUCCGCGUCCUGGCGGCCAUGCAGGACGUGGCUGGCGGCUGGCUGGCGGCGGCGGCUCGUUGCCGUCAGCAGCGGCUGCUCCGUUUGGAGUUGUACGACAAGGCCGUGACGGCUGGCAGACGGCUGCUGGAACGCAAGCGUACGGCAGCGCUGGCGGCUCUAAGCGGUACGUACGGCAUGCAACAGACAGCAACCGCCGCCGCCGCCGCCGCUGCGGCUGCCGCUUCCCUAGCGACUAGGGCUGCUGCUGCCGGCGUAACGUCCCGAUCAACGGAGGACGAGGGGCCGCAAGCACAGGAAGCUGUUAUGUGCGACCGAGGGCUGACGACGGAGCUUCGAAUGGAGAUCCUGGUCAUGGCGGGCCUUGCGCCGCCGGGCGUGGAGGCGAGGCGUACGCUGGCGGCGCCGACCCGUGGGUCGUGCGGCUGUGGGGGUUGCAGUCGGUAGGUUUUGGGUAGGGUGCACAGCCGAGCUGCUGUGCUGGUUGCUUUGAAAGGAGCACCUGCUCCUCAUUAAGCUGUUCAGAGGUGGUGUGUAGGUGGGGCGCUGUGCGGGUUGGGCUGGGUUGAGGAGUGGUAUUGUUGCUGUGGAGGUCGUACGUCGGUGUUGUGUUGUUGGUUGUUUUACAGAAGAGGAUAAUGUUGUUUUGUGCACUCGUUUUGGUUGUACCGUUUUUCUAGGAAGCUAAAAGGAGGUUUGCCAUCCUACAAGGCCACCAGCGGCGGCAGCAGGGCACAGCGUACACGGCCCGUGCCUGCGAAUUGCACGUUCUGUCGUAUGUUUCACUAGUGCUCAUUUCGUAUUAAGACUUCUUCGUAGCAGUCAAAAUGGGUACCGAUUUGGUUUUAAAGAGGUUUUAAAGUCAGAGAGAGAGGCGGCAGUCGUCGGAAAGAUACUGGAAAGAAGUGCGCUCGCCAGAGCAGGCAACCAUACAUAGCGGCGUCGGCCGUAUCAUACAAAGAUGGGCGAGGGCGCUCCCCAGGGUCUGCUGGGCGCUAGGGCCUUCUGCAGUUUCAAGUAGCAUACUGCGCAUGUACAUUAUAGGAGGGGCGAGGAGGGAGGUGUACCGGUAAAUGCGGCGCCAAUGCGGUUUGGUAAAAGGCCCUGUGUUUGGGCUUCCUCGCUCGCUGUGUCGGAAGGCCCUGUGUCUUGCUUUGGGCAUGGCAGCAUGGGCUGCGUGUGCUUUCUCUUUGAAUGCUGCUGCCUUGCAUUGAAUGCGUGUACGGCAGCAGAAUGGGCCGCGGGUUGUAGGCUAGCCAUGUACUCUUACAAGGUUGUUUGCGCCGGGCCCAGGAAGUUUAGUUUCAAUGAUGCGUUCCCGUGAUGGGGCCUUUAAUUCAGUAAGUACCCGAUGUCAUGAUUUAGUCUUUGGUCGUUAUUUUUCAGCUCAUGCUGAUCAACAGCAUCGUGCAUUUGGAGGCCGUUGAAAGCAUGUGUUUUGUUUGAUGUGUGUGUGUUUCGUUUGUCUGAUGGUGUUGCCCUACUAAAGCUAAAAUGUAGUGAUAUGCAGCAGUGACGGUAAACUAGUUUGUACACCAGCCUUGCAUGUAACACAUACCAGUCCAUGUGCAAACGUAUGG